GCUACGAUGGUGCGGGCGCUGGGUCUCGCUGCUGGCUCGGCGCACUACGCGCCCAGCAAUGUUGUGGGUCUAGCUUUGGGCUUUGUGGCUGCGCUUGCCAUCGUGGCCAUCGCCGUGUUUGGCUGCGCCGGCCACAAGAAGCGUCCCGCGGAUAAGAAGCGCAGACGUCGUCGCGGAGGCGGAGGCGACGGCGGCGGAGGAGGGGAUGACGGCGGCGGAUAUGGGGACGGUGGGGGCGGAGGUGACGGUGGUGGUGGUGGCGGCGGGGGAGGUGACGGCGGGGGCGGAGGAGGCUGCUAAGGAAAGUCGUCGUUCUUGAGGCAGAGAUAGAAACACAAUUGCAUUGUCCACCUUGAUAUAUACUAUUACUCCCUCUGUCUUAUUCUUAAAGACGGUUUUUUGACAGUAUCACAAUGUCAAAAAAGGGUCUUACCUUUUGAGACAGAGGGAUUACUUUUGUGUUGAUUUUUCAUGGUACUUGACUGGUCAGAUUAUUUUGUAAUUUCGGCCAUACCUAUGUAAGUGUGUUCUUGCAAUCUUUUGGCAGCAUUGGUUGAAUGCCGGCCUUAUAUUUUCAUGUUCUUCCUA